GUCAUCUUCAAGAGUGUUGGAGUGUGCUAGAUAAUAAUUACGUUUUCCUGUUUGCACUUGUUGGUGUUUCUAAAAUUAUUUUUGUAAACAAUUAAGUAGUUUUAUUAUGAACUCGAUGAGUAGUGAGUGUUUCCCUGUAUCUUACGUUUGUCGAACAGCUUCUGUACGCCACAUUGACACUUCUCCCCCCCGUCCAACUAGUUACAGUGUCUUUGUUUUAGUACUUUUUAGCGGGAGAAUAUCUGACUAUGAACGGUACAGAAUAGUAUGUGGAUUUAGUCAAACUGGACAAAUUAAGCAGCGGAGCGGACAGUUCAAAGCAGUGGAAGGAAAACAUUAAAAGGCAGAAAGGAUCCAGAGAAACACCAAAAAGGAGAUGACAGCAAUUACAAAUCACCAGAAGAGGAAAAUUCCCACACAUCAAUUCUUCUCUUUAUCUUCUUCAAACCUAGUGACUGAUAUCUCUUCAAUCUGUAAAGCUAGCUUUUUUCAAGAUGAUGACUCUACUGAUAGCAGUAAUAAUGGUGUUCCCCUUCAUAGCACUGCACUGGAAGAAAAUAUUAAAACUAGAAAGUCAUUUCCAGAGGUUCAGGUAACAUCUCCACAAAUAAAAAAGAAUCUUUCAGUUUUGAAGACUGCUCAACCCAAUUUACCUUCAUCAUCAAAAGUAAAUAGGAAUGAUGGUCCUGUAACACAAAUGAGGAACAAGACUGUCAAAUGGAAUAUAAAGAAAAAUAAAACAAUUUCAAAAAAUGGGAUAAACAGCAAGCAAAGACUGACUCGGAAGGUGCAAAGUAAAAAGAAAGUGAGGACUGAUGGAUCGAAUGAGAGUGCAAAAUUAAGCUCUUUUUUGAGAUUGCCAAAUGUGCCCAAAGAUUCCAAGCAAUUAGAAAAGGAUGACUCAGGAUACACCAUGGGUAAUAUGAAUUCAAGACUAACAGCUUACAAUGACAUUCCAUCCACAUCUGCGAAAUUAGUUUCUAAAAGAAAAAGUGUGACAAAUAGUGCUCGUCCUUCAUUAAGGCAACAAAAGCCAGUGAUGGAUGAUUCACCUUUAUCAUCUGAAGAUUCUUUAAGUGAUGAAGAUCCUGCCUCGGUUAGUAGUAUUCAUGAGAGACCAGUUCAUAAAAAGAGAUGUCAUACACUUGGAAAGAGAAGAGCAGCAUUUUCAACUUCUAGUUCUUCAGGUGUUCCCCUUCAUAGCACUGCACUGGAAGAAAAUAUUAAAACUAGAAAGUCAUUUCCAGAGGUUCAGGUAACAUCUCCACAAAUAAAAAAGAAUCUUUCAGUUUUGAAGACUGCUCAACCCAAUUUACCUUCAUCAUCAAAAGUAAAUAGGAAUGAUGGUCCUGUAACACAAAUGAGGAACAAGACUGUCAAAUGGAAUAUAAAGAAAAAUAAAACAAUUUCAAAAAAUGGGAUAAACAGCAAGCAAAGACUGACUCGGAAGGUGCAAAGUAAAAAGAAAGUGAGGACUGAUGAAUCGAAUGAGAGUGCAAAAUUAAGCUCUUUUUGGAGAUUGCCUAAUGUGCCCAAAGAUUCCAAACAAUUAGAAAAGGAUGACUCAGGAGACACCAUGGGUAAUAUGAAUUCAAGACUAACAGCUUACAAUGACAUUCCAUCCACAUCUGGGAUAUCAGUUUCUAAAAGAAAAAGUGUGACAAAUAGUGCUCGUCCUUCAUUAAGGCAACAAGAGCCAGUGAUGGAUGAUUCACCUUUAUCAUCUGAAGAUUCUUUAAGUGAUGAAGACCCUGCCUUGGAGAGACCAGUUAAUAAAAAGAGAUGUCAUACACUUGGAAAGAGAAGAGCAGCAGUUUCAACUUCUAGUUCUUCAGGUAAAUCUGAUCAUCGUGUUGUACCUGAAAGAAAGUCCAGAAAAGCUACUGAGCUUGAUGUAGUGUUAAGUGAAUUCCAGAAAUUCUCAUUGGAAUAUAGGGAGAUGCUGGAAUCAGGAGACUGCAGGAACAUUAUGGAGAGAUUCAGUAAAAGAUUUUCAGAUCACCUUGUUGAAACGAUUGAAGAAGUGAAGGGAAUAAAAGAUCUGAGAAGAAAAACUACAAAGGUGGUAAACACUCUGGAAAUGAAGAGGAAGCAGUUGCUUACAAUGAAACAUGAGCUCAUAAGGAGUGAAUGUUACAUGAAAAAGUUAGAAAAAGAUUAUGCAGAGAUGAAACAAAGGUAUUGUGAUUUGAAGAACAGCACUACAUUUCUGUCUGACCUGAAAAACAUGAAGGAGUUACUGGAGAAAAAUAAGCAUGGGAAACGAGCAAAACCUGUGUAUGGCCUCACAAGUCUUCCAGCAUUGCUCCUUGAAGCUGAAGGAAUUAUGGGAGCCGAAACGAAGCUUCAUAAUAUUAACAAGAAACUCGAAAAGUCAAUUAUUCUGGACUCCUGUGCAAAGUAGCCUUGAGACCAGUCUGUAAGUAUUGCCAACAAAUGAAUACUCUUACAAAGCAUCUUUUAUGAAGAAGUGACCUGCUGUUAGUGUGGUCUUGAAGAAGGAAGCGG